CCGCAGAUCGGGAUCGCAGCGUCGUAGAACGGGCUUGGGAGGAGUGCAGCAGCACGGCUGGGCGAGGGGCCCGCAGCGGGGAUGCGGCGGCACGCCCCGCGCGAAGCCGCAAACGCAGUGGAUCGACUCGAGAAGACUGCCUUUUAUGGGCAGGAGCAGCAGGCGGCGUGAGGGGUGGGGAUUCGCCCGUGCCUGCCCCGGAUAUUCGCAGAAAUCGCAAGCUCGGGUUGCCCGCCGAAGCGCACGCGUGGAUGUGCCCUCGGUGCGCUGCGCCUCCCGCGUCCCUCAUAUACGCCCGCCACCCUCCCUCAGCCUCCCGCCCCCGGCCCCUGCUGCCAGCAGUGUCUGUCCGCUCCACGCCCGCCACCGUCCCGAUCGCCGUCUGUCACCUGCCCCGAUGUCCCUCCCCCACUUUGCCCACGACCGCGCCACCGCCAUGGCCUACUACAACGACGGCAGCGCGAUCUACAGCGGCGUCCAGCACUACUACCCGCCCGGCCCCAGCGUGAGCCCCGUCGAGCACGACGACUACCCCGCCGGUGAGGCGUCCUACAUUCCCGAGAGGCCGCACUGGCAGGCCCAGAUGUCCCCGUCCUCGUCGUACACCACGUCCGUCCACCCCUCCGACUACUCGUCCUCGUCUUCCCAGUCCAUGACUUAUCCGUCCGCGUACGCCGCGGCCUCCCAGCGCACCGGCCUGCAAGACCCCUUCGCCGCGUCCCCCUCGUCGUCCGCCCGCACCUACGCCUCCCCCUCCCUCUCCCAGUCCUCCUCCGCCACCACGCCCACCCUCCCCCACCUCCAACGCGUCUCCUGGGCCCCCGGCCAAGCCCCCGCCAGCGCGCUCUACAUCGUAGACCCCGAUCCCGACGCCGACGCCGAGCCCGCGCGGGCCUACCCGCAGGUCAAGACGGAGGAGGAGGAGCUCGAGACCGGCUUCAUCUUCGAGCUCGCGUCGGACACGCCGCCGUCGCUCGCGACGAACCCCCUGCUCGACAGCAUGCCCGAGGUGCCCCUCCGCGCGACCCAGGCGAGCAAGGAGAUGCGCCGCCUCAUGGGCGCGUUCCGCCUCGACCCCUUCGCGAUGCACAACGGCGUCAAGAGCGCCGCCAGCCAGAGCGUCCCCGUCGGCAUCGAGGUCGGCCCCCUCCGGGAGCCCCCCGUCAUGUUCGAGUGGCAGGCCGAGCUCGACUGCCCCCUCGUGCCCCAGAGCCCGCGCUGGUCCCCGGACUCGCAGAUGCAGACGUACGACGAGGAGGAGAUCAAGUGGACGCCCGCGCCGUCGAUGGAGGGCUAUGGAGACGUGUAUAACAACGGCGACGACAUGGACGCGGAUGUCGCGUUCCAGCCGGUGAUGACCCCCGCGCAGGCCGUCGACUGGGGCGUCGGCUACAGCGAGCAGCAGAGUAUGGUCCCGACGUCGUCGGCAUACCCCGUGCAGCCGCUCUCAGGCAUCUUCAACCGAUCCGCACACGCGUCCUCAUCGCAGGCGUCGAUAUCCCGCUCCCUACCUUCCCUACCACAGCCCCAGUCAUCCAUCUUCUACCGCCAAGCCCAAAACUACUCGCUCGCCUCCCCCUCGCACGCCCUCCCCUCUCCCACCGCCCUCGCCUCCCCCCCGCUCUCCCACUCCAGCUACGCACAACGCAGCGCCCCAGACCUGUACUACCGCCAGCACCACCAGCCCGCCCAGCCCGCCGCCUCGUCCGCCUCCGCCGCGAUGCGCGUCUCCGCGCUCAUGUCCCCCGCCGCGCCGACCCUCGCGCGCCGCGCGCCGCUCGAGUACCCGCAGACCCAUGGCGCGUCGGACCCCGCGGCGCAGUACGCGAGCCCGAGCCCGCCGUCGUUCUCGAGCGGGAGCACCGCGGGCGGCGGUGGCGGGGGCGGGGGCGCGCGCUACCGCGGGGACGACUCGCUGGCCUGGUACCGCCGCUCGGCGCUCGCGCUCGAGGCGUACACCGCGUCGGCGUGCACAUGA